GAUAAGGCGAGUCGGGAGGGAAAUGAGUGGAAGGAGGGAGGCUUAUUUCGUUGUAAAAUUAGACAUAACCACAAUGAAUCGUGUUUCGUUUUUAUUGAAGUCGUUUUUUUGUCUGUUUUGAACGUUGACAGUACAGCUCCGGAGGAACGUUGGGGACAUUGGAGGACUGGCAAGGCGUUUUUUAACGCUGAUUUUACUGGCGUCGGUACAUUCCCUACACACCGAUAACGGUUAAUUUUUUCCGCAGCCAGAAUGCCGCGGGACAACAAAACUCCUCUUAUUCAGAAAAUAGCAAAGCAAGCCUACAUCACUUUUAAAUGUUUAAAAACGGCCAACGGGGAUAAUAAACUCGUUGCGGACCAACAUAAUGAACUAAUCUCCUUAAUGACCGCGGUCAGGGCUGCUGACCUGAGAAUUGCUCCCCGGAAAACCAAAAAGAGCUCCGGGGCAGCGGAGCUCCACAAACCCCCGGUCACCUACAUGCACAUCUGCGAGACGGAGGUGUUCAGCAUGGGGGUGUUCCUGCUGAGGACCGGCGCCUCCAUACCGCUGCACGACCACCCGGGCAUGAACGGGAUGCUGAAGGUUCUCUACGGGAAGGUGAGCGUCCGCUGUUUUGAUAAACUGGAGGACCCACUGACAGUCGGCACCGUCCCACCUGAUUUGGAGCCCGCGUCGGCCCCGUCCCAGAUGGCCUCCCAGUGGCGCUCCGUGCUCCGCUCCGUCGUCGAGUACUCGGAGAACAGCGGACCGUGCCUUCUUACUCCUCUCCGGGAUAACCUCCACCAGAUCGACACGGUGGAGGGGCCGGCUGCUUUCCUGGAUAUCCUGGCACCUCCGUACAAUCCAGAUGAUGGGCGGGACUGUCACUAUUACAAAGUCCUGCAGACUGUGGCAGAGGGGGACAUGGAUGAAAAGAGCAACGAGGAGCAGCAGGGAGAGGAGAAGGAGAAAGAAAACGUGGCAUGGCUGCUAGAAAUCCCUCAGCCAGAGGACUUCUGGUGUGGUGGGGAACCCUACCCAGGCCCUGCAGUUUCUCUCUGAAUGAAACCUCUGAUCAGAGGAUUUAUACUGCCAUAUAUGACAAUGAUACAAUAGUCACAUCCUUCCAUCCACAAGGGGAAACUUAGUUUUUACCUGGGACUCAAAGGCCUUGCUCAGGGAUGCUACAGCAGGGCAGAUGCUUAUAGAAACAAGGACUUCAACUCUGACACCCUACAGAGAAUAGGGACCAAUGAAUUGCAUUCCAAAAAUUGACAAUAAUCUCAUCAGUACCGAGAUAAGAGUUGACACAAGGAAUUUGCAUUCCUAACAUGGUAUAUUUUAUUUGGACCGUUAUGUUGCCUUGUACACACAUGAAUGUAUUUAGCCAAAAGUUCCGUAAAUGGCGAGGUGUCAUUAGGAUCUUUAUCUACUUGGAAAGCCUUUUACACAUUUUUUCACUCUGCUACAGAGGACUUUCACAUCGUGACGUGUCUUAAUGCCACAAUCUGGGGCUUCACACUGACCUGUCUUAUUUGUGAAGAUAUAAUGUAUACUUAUUAAGAGUAUUUCUACUGUACGCACUCAUUUCUAUUUCCAAAGUGCACACACUACAUUAUAUGGUCUACUUUAAUUGUAUUUUGUGUUUAACUUAUUCCAGAUA